UGCUCGUGCUUAGCACACAAACGAUCGAUACCGAUAUCGGUGAAUCCGGAUCGUCGACGAUAUGUGGCGAGGACCUCUCCUGCUUACUAUUUUCGCGUGUCGCGGUUGGACUGCGGCUAUCGAUGACGUCAGCGACGUCAGCGUCGAGUCGAUUCGUCGGGGCGUUCGAGAAGCGGCACCAUUAACCUUUACCAUUGCCACGGAAGUCGAGGAUCUUCUUGGCGCAGGAAACGCGCCAGGAAAGGAUCGUGCUCCCAAAAAGCACGUGAAAAAUGUCUCUGGGAAAUCAGACGAGGGAGGAUACUAUAAGACGUACGGCAGCGACGCCGAGGGCGAGAAGGGUUACAUGACGGCAACCUACAACAAGGGCAAUCACGGCUAUAAGAUCCUCGACACUUUCCACAAGCAGGAUGGCGACAAGUACGCAUUCGAGAAAUACGCUGCCUACGGCGGAGAGCAUGGCGACAAGAAAAGUAGCCACCACGACGAUGCUGGCUCUCGUUCCAGGAAAAGCGGUGAUCACGAGGGUGCAGGUACCAUCGUCGAUACUCGUUACACAGCCAACGAGGGGGACCAUGACGAUCAGAGCAAUGAACAAGUCGAAGCCAGUGAUCACGGCAGCUAUGCUCACUAUACGGAUCAUGGACCAGAAUCCUCGAGUUACGGUCAUGGUGAAAGCUAUGCGGAUGGAGAAGGAAACGACGGUUCUUACGAAACCCACAGCUCCUACUCGAGGAACUACGGCGACGAACAUGGAAACCAGGGAAACCAUUACUAUUAAUCCUUGCCGGCUGGAUUGGCCUCGAAUUGUCAGCCAUUUUACUCGAACAGUCUCCGCGUAGGGUGUUGAGGAAAGUUUUCUACGCUCAUGUUCGAUGUCGAAUGUUUCAGUAAAAAUGUAAUCGUAUAAACCGACCAACUGAAGUUAGCGUUAAUAUCAAGUACAACUUCUAUUAGAUCGCCGCAUAUUUUUUUCUCGAUGCAACCGACACAAUUAAAGAUAAAUCCAUUAAAAAUGAACAGUCACGAGAACAAUCGUUGAUAAUAAUAAUGUUGAUUGUUUAUGUCUUUUAAUGGAAUUGUGAUUGGCGUGUUGUCACGGUCGUUCACCCAUGGACGGCCGACCGAAGCAAUAUUGUUAUUAAAUUUAACACUGUGUAUAGGUAAAUAUCGCUGUUUACGAUAUCACGAAAAAUCGAUAAACGUGGUCGAAUGCAAUUGCAUUGCAGUACCUUGUUAAGACCCGGCGCGACGGGCGCGGCGUUUUCAUCGCACGUUGUGCUUCGGCUACCAACGUUCCAAUUGUUACUUUGCGAUAUCGCUAGUAUCAAUCGUUACAAAUAUACAACGCAUUUAUUACAUAACGAAUGCGGUGUGCAAUUUAAAUGCUGCUUAAAGGUAGCUCGUUGUUGUUGCGGAAAUUAAUGAUAUUCUACAAGUGUAUCGCGUCGAUGAAUCGAUCAAAAUUGCAAUUAGUUAUUCAAAUCUACCGUCUAUCGUAGCUCGUUAAAUUAGCAUUGUCUAUCCAUGGUCGACGCGUGGUAAUUAAUUUAGUCCCAGUAGAUAGUAAGCGGUCAGCGCGCGCAAAAAAUUAAUCGGAAAACAUGUUCUUGUUACGUCAUUUAAGAACUGGAACGAUGAAGGAAAAAGAGAUGACAGGUAGUCGAUUUUUUCGCAAAAAGUAUGUGGUAUGUCUAUUUCCACGUCCGUCACGUAAGUUUAAUUGGAGAGGAUCAAAUGUCAAUUUUGAUGUUGGAAUUGUACUCGAAACAUGAGCCCCGGUUUCGUUUCGAACGUCAUUGUAACUAAUAACCAAGCUGUACGAUUCUGAUAUUUGCAAGCUCGAAAAACUGUCUGUUCCGAAAGCUUCAGCUAUUAAAAACGAAAUAUUGAUUUCCAUGCGAUUGCAUAACGAAUAAAGUAAAAAUUGCGUUGCAACACCUCUGGUACCGACAAUCAGAAAGCUGCCUAUCUUAAUUCUUUUCUGCGAGUUGCUUGAAUACCAUAAUAUCAGUGUCAUUAUUACUCUCAUCUUUCAUAGGCAACAAUGUUCCCCCUCUGUACCUAGAACUUGAAGUAAUUACACUAAAAAAAAGUCCACUCCAUGAAAGUUGUAGACCAAACUGCUCCCCCAACAGACACACCUAACGGUAGCGUUAAAAUCCUGUCAGCUCGUCUUGGAUUGGACGUAGUUGCAGAGCCCUGGGACGUCGUUAGCGUAGGCCUGCUCGACCGACGAAGAACUCGCCGGGGGUGUUUGUUAAAAAGUACGCUCAGUCACGCGACCAUCGCAUCAGACUAGUUGCGGCGGACGUGCAGCGCUUGACGCCCCGAACGCGGAAAUUCGUGGUAAAUUUUGCAAUUAUUUAUAACGAGGAAACUUUCGUGACGCCCACGGACAGGGAAUCGGUUCGUUAAUUGCUCUAGAUAAUUAUUGUUAAACGCUGCGCGUGACAAAGGAUGAUUUCCGCUGUCAUCGAGGCCUCUCGUUUGAUACGACAUUCGUCGGAUUCGCGAACAACACUUGGCUGGGAUGUGUGUCGCCCGACCAUUAUACGAAAUUCAUACAACUUGUCCGACGGUUCUUCUCGGAUAUUAAACGAUUAAUUAAUUGUAUUCUCGAGUGUAUCAUCGUAAGUGAAUCUACCUAUCUAACGUAU